AGACCGACUCUUUCUGUAUUUCCGUGCGGGGAGGGAGACCGUAUUGGGUAGUGGGUCCUCCCGUCACCAAAACUAGUUUCUAAAUUGGAUUUUUAGAGAUAGAAUCGAAUUGAUCACUCGACUUUAUUUCCACCAAAAAAUAACCCCCAAUUGGCACCCUCCUUUUCCUCUUUUCUGAUUUAAUUUUUGCAAUCAAAAUUACUCCAGGAUUGAAUGAUUGUAUUUGCAAGGGCAUCAGUGAGUGGAAUUGUUCAGUUUUUGGAGGAUUGUGAUUUGUAAUUUUAUUUCAUGUUUCUUCAAUAAAAGAGUUGUAUAUACUCAUUUAAUUCGUUGUGCGCUAAUUUGUAUGAUUUAUGCAGUCGAUUGCUUGUGGAUGGGUUGAUAAGACGAUUUAUUAACGGGAGAUUUUAGAAUUGGGGACUAAGGCAUUAGAUUUAUUUCCAAACUCUGUCUUUGCCAUACUUCUGCUAAUUUGAUUUACUUCCGAAAAAAGAGAAGUAGGCUUGCGGCUUUAUCAAAAGCGGAACGGGGCCAGAUCAAAAGCAUUUAAUUUAAUCGGGCCACGUCAAAGCUACUUUGAAUGAUUUUGAGGGAUUAAUUUGCCUUCAGAAUUAAUUACAGGAUAAUAGUAAUUCGAUUAAUUCAUCUUAACCAGUAUUAAAGUAAAAUAUUAUUCUGUUGGAAACAAUCGAAGUUGAGAAAGCACUUUUAGAGUAAGUGUUUAUAUAUAUAUACUAUACCGUUAGAAUUAGUAAAUAAUGUAUUAAACUUAUUCUUAAACACUGUCAUUGUCCUACUUCUGCUAUUCUGACUUGCUCCCGGAAAAAGGGAAGUAGGCUUGCGGCUUUAUCAAAAGCGGAACGGGCCCUGAGCCAAAGUAUUUAAUUUACUCGGGCCGCGUCAAAGCCAAUUUGGAUGAUUUUGAGGGAUUAAUUUGCCCUCAGAAUUUAUUACAGGAUAAUAAUAAUUCGAUUAAAUCACUUGAACCUGUAUUAAGUAAAAUAUUAUUUUGUUGGAAACAAUUGAGUGCGAGGGAGCGCUUUUACGGUUAAGUGUUUAUAUAUAGAUCGUUGGAAUUAGUGAUUAAUGUAUUAAAGUUCUCUUUUCAAUCCUAUCAUUGUCAUACUUUAGUCAAGCUGACUUUCCACCGAAAAAAGGGAAGUAAUCUCUUUACUUCCCCAAACCGGCCAGAGCGGGGCCUUAUUAAAAGUUACUUCGGCGAGAGCAGCGCUACGGGGCGCUAUAGACUAACAAAUCCCUGAGGCCUUAACAAAGGCAUCUAAAAACAUCCGUAACGAAAUACCAGCAUCAAACCAUUGAAGGGAGCCAUCAAUACGGCGCGGUCAUACCGGUGAUUUGCCUCGAAUUGAGUUACUGGGCUUGCGCGUCGGAUGACUUAAGCGGGAAUGACGUCGAGAGAAGUUGGGUUGAUUCCAAGAGAAUUAAUUUAACUCGGGUGGUCAGCUGCGGACGAGUCCCUUCGCCCCGGCUUAUCGAACCCGUUACUGGGGAGCCGGAGGCACUUUAUUGAAAAGUGCACGUUUGACAAGCGCUAGGCUAGACUCCCAGCAUGCACAUAGCUCCUUGUGUAGACUAGAGCGUAAUAGUUUGAAUAGUGCUACAGUACACUUAAACGCACUUUCUACUGGGGUAGUAGACAAAUCCAAUCACUCCACCCCGACCGGUUUUGCUGAUGAAACGGUGCCGGUUUCAGAUAAUUCUACACGUGUAACAAAUAUUUACGAUCAGAUUCCCACGGUCGUAUCAUCCCACCGCGCUAACAAACAUUUGAGAGGUGAUGUCAGGCCUAGAGAACACAAUUCUUACUCGCAUCUCGUAUGAAUAUCCUUCGAUAGAUACGCACCCGGAUCGACCAAUUACACUUAAACUUGGUUUUAUGAAUAUUAGAUCGCUUCAUACGAAAGCCAUUCUCGUUAAUGAUCUGAUCACAGAACAUAAUCUAAACGUUUUUGGUCUCUGCGAGACCUGGUUAAAACCUAAUGAACUGAUGCCGCUUAAUGAGGCCUCGCCUCCAAAUUUUGUGAGCUCGCAUGUGGCGCGUCCUCAAAAAAAGGGUGGGGGUGUCACCCUCAUCUUGAAUUCCGAGCUUAGUUUUAGGCCUCGUUCGAUCAACGUAUUUAAAACAUUUGAGGUUCUCACUUUCCGAUCCACCGCUUUACCGUCAUUUUAUCUUGCUGUUAUUUACCGUCCACCCGGGGCUUACUCUGGCUUCCUGGAUGAAUUUUCAGAAUUUGUGGCUGAUCUAGUAACCAAUGCGGAUGAUAUAAUUAUCAUGGGCGAUUUCAACAUCCACAUGAAUUUACCGUCAGAGCCACUUACUUCGGCGUUUCAGACUUUAACUGAUACGUUUGGUUUUACGCAAGCCGUACAGGCAGCAACGCAUAAGAAUGGAAAUACCAUAGAUCUGGUAUUAUCCCGAGGACUUGCAACCUCAAAUAUAGCAGUACUGCCAUACACUACUGUUUUGUCUGAUCAUUACUUAAUAAAGUUUGAAAUUCUAGUUCCUUGUCAAAGACAAGAGAGCAAUCAGCAUUAUAGGAGCCGUCAUCUCAACUCCAUGACUUCAACUGCGCUAUCUGAGAUACUGUCGCCGGCAACCGCUAUAUUUCUCACAUACGCCGGCUCUAUUGAUAAUCUUACAAAUGAAUUCAGUGCGACAUUGUUAAAUGCCAUUGACUCUGUGGCGCCGUUACGUCUGAAAACUCGCCGUAGAGUGCUUACUCCGUGGUUCACAGAUUAAACGCGUACGCUUAAGCAAUUAUGUAGAAAGCAUGUGCGCAGAUGGCGUCUAACCAAACUUGGGGUUUUCCAUCAGGCAUGGCAGGAUAGCCUCCUGAUAAUAAAGAUGCGCUUAUCUUAGCAAAAACUCGGUAUUAUUUUUUUCACAAAUUAUUAAUCUCAAUAAAGACAAUCCGAAACACCUAUUUGAUACAGAGGCAAAGCUGACUCUGCGCCAGCCGACCCCCGAUAGUUCCUUCCACUCAGCUGACGAGUUCAUGACAUUUUUUGCUCAAAAGAUUGAAUCCAUUAGGGAUGAGAUCAAGAAUACCAUUCCAAUCGCUCGGUCGAGCCCGCCGUUUACCAACGCUGAUGAUCAUGCAACAACCCUCUCAACUUUUAAAAGCGUGUCUCUUGAAAGGCUUACACAAUUGGUUAGUGGGGCUAAACAAACAUGUUUACUCGACCCUCUUCCAGCCAAACUACUUAAAGAAUUAUCUCAAAUUUUAGGACCGUCCGUCUUAAAUAUAAUCAAUCUGUCUGUCUCCUCUGGGAUAGUGCCAACAGCCUUUAAAACCGCUAUCAUUAAACCGUUACUUAGUUUAGUUUAGUUUAUUGUUUAGCACAUAUUAUUAUAUCAAUAACUGUGCAAGGAGGGAGACGAAGCCUAGGGCUUGUAAAGAGCUACACUCCUUCUAACCCCCAAUUCCAACCCUUAAUGCUGAGUGCCAAGCUGGGAGGCAAUGGGUCCCAUUUUUACAGUCUUUGGUAUGACCCGGCCGCGGUUUGAACCCACAACCUUCCAGUCUCAGGGCGGACACUCUAACCACUAGGCCACUGAGCUGGUUAAGCGACCAAAUCUUGACCCGGACUGUCUCAGUAAUUAUAGGCCAGUUUCAAACCUCCCAUUCAUAGCAAAACUUCUUGAAAAAGUAGUAGCGCAGCAGCUUAUCGAUUACAUGGUCGCCAAUAA